AUGAACAUAUUUAACUUCGCGAGGAUGGAAAAGAAAAAAGUUAAUGAAAGUCAGGUGGUGUGUGCAAGAAAGGGAAGAUCAUAUGACAGUUCAAAUGACGAAUGUAGUAAGUUAAAAAUAAAAGGGGGACACAUAACCCCUAUGGGGAUACCCCCCCAGGGAAGUAUUUACGCGCCGGCAGUGCAAUCCACCCAGGGGAAGCCAAACAAAUAUGCACACAAAAAAUUGUUCAGAAGGGACGUAUAGAUGUUGUCUGAAAUGGACAUUGCACACGACGAAAAAUUAGUUCAUUCUGGAAAUAUCGAAUGUGUUAGUUCAUUCAUUCAUCAGUUAAAAAAUAAAAAUGGAAUGAACUGCUCAGUUGAUUACAACGUAAGUGAUGGUGUGUUUUUUUCCUGCAUGGGUAAAAAAAACGAGGGCAAAUUUCCCAGUGCUUUUUGCGCCACUAUGGAGGAGAAGCCUUUGCACUGCUGCGCCAACUGUGGGAAGCGUGCCGAUUGUGUGAAGUGUGCCAAUUGUGUGAAGCGUGCCGAUUGUGUGAAGCGUGACAACUGUGGGAAGUCAAAUGAGGAGAAGCAACAUUUUGUGAGCAGCCCACAUGGAGGGACCCGUACUCAGGGUGGAUUCCAUGGGAAGGGCGCAAAAAUGCCCCCGAAGAAAUGCACAGACACGCCGCCCAAUAGGAGCAGCGAAAUUAAUUGUCCACAUCCUCACCAAUUGAACGACGAUUCAGGACGGGAGGAGCGCAUGCUAAACAAUCCGUGGGAGGAACGCUUCCAGGAUAAUUAGAUGUAUAACGUUGCCAGAUCGAUGAGUGAGGUAAUUAUAGAAAAUGCUGGCGAAGUGGAGAAGGAAGAAGUCCCUGGGGAGGGGAAACCCAAGGGAGACUUAUACUUCACCACAAGGGAGCAAAUGGAGCAGAAUAAACAAAACGGUGCAGAAAAACUGGUGGAAUAUAAUUGCCCAGCCGAAGUGAAUACAUCUGGGGAGGAUGCCCCAGGGAUGGAUAAGCACGAGGAGGAUAUGCACGAGGAGGAUAUGCACGAGGAGGAUAUGCAAGAGGAGGAUAUGCACGAGGAAGACAUGCAUGAGGAAGGUAUGCACGAGGAAGAUAUGCACGAAAUGAGUACUCGGGAGGAGGACACCCGAGAUGUUGACGAUGUGAAGAAGGGGAAGUCACCAACGCGUGAGUCAUUCACUACUGAAGUGAGUUUCGAAAAGGAAGGCGAAAGAGAGGGGGGAAAUUCCGCCGACCGGGUAGGCCAAGAAGCGUCUAAUGAGUCGUCUAAUGGGGUGCCUAAUGGGUCGUCUAGUAUGGCAUAUAAUGAGACGCGUACUCCCGACUUAAUUGACGACAGGAGGAAAGCAAAGGAUCGAGGAAAGAGCUGUGAGGAGGAUUUAGGAAUGAAGUGCAUAAUGCAGUUGCUGAUGAUGUUGGAGAGGGAACGACGGAGGAGCGGGAGAGGGGGAGAAAAAAAAGGGGAGGUGAUAAAGAAGGGAAGAAAAGGUACCCAUGAAAGGGCAGAAGGUGACGCGAGGAUGUAUUUUUCGAAAUAUGUGGAUCGGGUAUUUAGCCGUGAAGAGGAAGUGGAGAAUGGACACAUAGGAGGAGAACCAAGUGAGGGGAAAAGAGAAAAAAUAAUCGAUACGAGCGGUGGAGGAAGCGGUGGAGCAGUCGGAGGAGCAGUCGGCGGAGGGGCGGAGAAGGGGUGUGCCAGGCUGCUAGACAGAGUGGAAGACCAUCUGGGGGCCCUGGACAUUUCGCUUAACGAAAUUUUGCAGCUGAACAAAGUGAAAAAAAUAUUCUGGUAUUUGUAUAUGAAGUUUAAACUGGAGGAUAGCAUCACCAUUGAGAAAUUUUGCGAGCUGCUCAAGGAGAAAAUAAAGGAGGAAAUGAGUAAAAAUUAUUUUAAAGAAUACGUCAUGUGGGAUAAUUUCCACUCAUUUUGCAGAUACAACGUUGGGAACUUCGAUUAUAAAAUGCUGAUUUUGGAAAAUUUAUUUUGCCUGUUAAAAUCAUACCCCCUGGAUUAUGAAGAGAAUAAAGGAUGCUUCUACAUGCUGAAUCCACAGAGGAAUAAAAUGAUGCAAAGUUCAAAUUUGCAUGGAGAUAAAAAGGCGAACGUACAUUUGGUGAAGAACAAAAUGAACUACCUUAAGUUGACCAAAGAAGUUAAUACAUAUUUUAAAAAUAAUUUUUUUUUUCUGGACAAAAUUUUCAUCCCCAAGGAUGCUUUUUUCUUCGUAAAAGAUAUUGAAGAAAUCGGAUUAAAGGAUGACUCAAGUAAAACUUUUUAUGUACACCAGGCUUUGGUACAAGAUUUAAAUGAAGACUCAGAGGAGAAAAAUACCUUCGAUGGAUUUUAUGCUGGCAGCCCACCGUACCAGUCAGACUAUUAUAGGUAUCUCCGGAAAAAAAAGGUACAGAACAAAAUGAGGAAGAUGAAGGAGUUCAUUUUGUACUAUUAUGGCUUUCCCUCAGUGCAGCAUUUUUUUGAGGCACUCCUCGAAUUUGAGCGAGAGUAUAAGAAGGCGCACAGGGGGUGCAGUUCGCUGAACGGGAGAGUUGUCGAGAAGGAGGACACUCAGAUGUUGGAACUGACUGCCAAGUUGUACGCUAAGUAUGGAAACAAACCUCGUGUGAAGGGGUGCACUGAUGCACACGGAGGGGUCAUUCCCCCUCGGUGCAGCAGCUCCCAUUUGAAGGCGUGCCCCCUGGAAGGAGAAGAAGUGGAUUGGGAGAAAAAGACAGGCGAGGUGAACACCAUGGCAGAGACGAGAGAAUCGAAUCGGCAGUUCGGAGAGAAUUUCGCAGACACGCAAAAAAGGCACCACUCAGAGUGUACCUACGAAGAGCAAAUCAAAUUUGGCAUCGCCGCUACGUUUACAAAGUGGAGGGAGGGGGGUCACCAGGAUAAGCCCCAAACGGACUCGCUAAAAAGGGACUCGCUAAAGGAGGGCUCGCUAAAGGAGGGCUCGCUAAAAGAGGGCUCGCUAAAAGAGGACUCUCUAAAAAAGGACUCCAUAAAAACGGACUCGCUAGAAAGGGACUCGCUAAAAACCAAUGUUCCGAGGGAAGAAGCGGGGACUGAGGUACUCCCAUGUGAGGGGGCUCCCCACUGCAGUGGAGAAGCCGAACCAUACUGGCUAAGCGAAACCAUCGAGGAGGUAUCCCCCACGUACGAAAAUUUCUUCAACACAGUUGACGCGGCAAUGAAGGUGAAAGAAAUAAAUUUAAGGACGCUAAAAUUAUUUACAGAAAAUAUGAGGAAGGUGAAAGGGUACCCAAAUUUCACAUCCGUUGAUGAAGUCUUCUUGGGCAUCUGCUUUUCUGACCCAGAUUUGCCUAAACAUAUACUGUGUGAGAAGAAAAUAUUUCCCAAAAAUGUAAGCUUUAAUGGUUUCAUGAGGAGUAUGAGGUAUGUUCCUUAUGUCAUUCCCGACUUCCCCGUGCCGAGUAGGCAUUUUAUAUCAUUGUAUCAAAGUGAGAAAGCUAAUGAAGUGUUUAACUCGAGAAAUGCGUUUUUAAAUUUGCUGAAAUAUGAAGGAAAGAAUCGUGAGAUGGUUCUACUGAGAAAUAAAAUAAUCUAUGAUAUUGUUAAAUUAUUCGUUUUUUUGUCAUCCAAUUUGGGGGUUGAGACAGGAAUAUAUGGGAAAGCUGCGGGUGUGUCACAUGGUGACUCGACUCCCAUGGUGGACUCCUCUUAUUAUAUCAACUACAAAUGCUAUGUGAGAAUGGGGAGGGAAAGGGCUACCAAUGGAGGUGAAUAUGAUGAUACGUCGAGCAGCUGCUCCUUGGAUUAUAUUCCCAGCAGCUUGGAUGAUGAGAUGGGGGAUGAUGAGAUGGAGGAUGAAAACUGGGAAACCUUCUCAACAGGGGAGAAAAAAAGUGAAAAGGAAGAAGAAAAAGAGCCCUACCACGGUGACCAUAUAACCCAUUCGACGUUGGAAUAUGCGAGUCCUGAAAAGGAUAAAAAGGAACAGCCAUACAGUACGAGCAAACAAACUGAUGAGGGAAAUCCCAGUACAGUGGAAGAACUACUACUAAGGAAAAAUAAAAAAAUGUCCUACAAAUAUGUACCGAAGUGGCAUCUGUCAAAUGAUAUGUUUUUGUCUCGACUGGUAUCCUUUGAUGAAAUUCAAAUUUCUUUGGAGAAAAUAUAUCCUCUGUUCAUGAUUCAGACGGCACUAAUUUAUAUGAUUCAUAUUUCGUGUUGUACUUUAGAAGAGGAUGAGUGGAGGUACUUCUUCGAGGGUCCCUUUACUCUGUACAAUAUGUUAACCCCCGAGGAGGUAGCCAUGAGGUAUAUAAAACUAAAGGGGGGUCAAUUCUUCAAACUGAGCAAUAUAAAGUUGAACAAGAAUAUAAACCUGCAUCAGGUUUUCAUGAGCAUACCAGAGAAUAUGCAGUGUGCAGAAAUUUACAGACUGGCUAUAAAUGGGGAGAGCACAUCUACGGGCUACUCUGCUGAGCCCUUCGAUAUAUAUCAUCUCAUGUUCGUUUCGCGUGUGUUUUGGUACAUUUUUUUGUACUCCGACAAUUUCCUGCUUUUGCGGUCAUCCCUGUUUUGGGACGCCCCCCCCGGGUAG